GUGACGAAGGACCCCCAUAACGGCGGCUCAUCGUUGGGUUCCCGGAGUUUCAGGGAAAAUAGUUCGUGUAAAUGAAACUUUAUCCACCUGAAAUCUGAAACAUCUCAUUUAACACGCCGCUUUGAGCCGGGCUAAGCGCUCUUAUUGCUGCCCCUGAAUAACACUGUGUGGAACCAACUGAAAAGGAGCCAUGUUUCUCUACAACAUCACCCUGCAGCGCGCCACUGGUAUCUCGCAUGCCAUCCAUGGAAACUUCUCAGGAACAAAGAUGCAAGAGAUUGUUGUUUCCAGAGGGAAGAUCCUGGAAAUAUUGCGACCAGAUGCCAACACAGGAAAGGUGCACACUCUCCUCACAGUGGAGGUGUUUGGCAUCAUAAGAUCACUAAUGGCCUUCAGGCUCACUGGAGGAACCAAAGAUUACAUUGUCGUGGGAAGUGACAGCGGUCGUAUCGUCAUCCUGGAGUAUCAUCCAUCAAAAAACAUGUUUGAGAAGAUCCACCAGGAAACCUUUGGGAAGAGCGGCUGCCGACGCAUCGUCCCCGGACAGUUCCUGGCUGUCGACCCAAAAGGCAGAGCUGUUAUGAUAGGAGCGAUAGAGAAACAGAAGCUGGUCUACAUUCUGAACAGAGAUGCCGCUGCAAGACUGACCAUCUCCUCUCCACUGGAAGCCCAUAAAGCAAACACGCUGGUCUACCAUGUAGUGGGAGUCGACGUCGGCUUUGAAAAUCCAAUGUUUGCCUGCUUAGAAAUGGACUACGAGGAAGCCGACAACGACCCAACAGGAGAAGCUGCUGCAAACACACAACAGACGCUCACCUUUUACGAGCUGGAUCUCGGCUUAAAUCACGUGGUCCGCAAGUACAGCGAGGCUUUGGAGGAACAUGGGAAUUUCCUCAUCACUGUUCCUGGUGGUUCAGAUGGUCCCAGUGGAGUUCUGAUUUGCUCUGAAAACUACAUCACUUACAAGAAUUUUGGAGACCAGCCUGACAUUCGCUGUCCCAUCCCACGGCGCAGGAAUGACCUGGAUGACCCAGAGCGUGGCAUGAUAUUUGUCUGCUCAGCCACCCACAAAACCAAGUCCAUGUUCUUCUUCCUGGCCCAGACUGAGCAGGGAGACAUCUUUAAAGUAACGCUGGAAACAGAUGAAGAAAUGGUCACAGAAAUCAGACUGAAGUACUUCGACACGAUUCCUGUGGCAGCAGCCAUGUGUGUCCUGAAGACUGGCUUCCUGUUUGUUUCGUCAGAGUUUGGAAACCAUUACCUUUACCAGAUUGCUCAUUUGGGUGAUGAUGACGAUGAGCCGGAGUUCUCCUCUGCGAUGCCGCUGGAAGAGGGAGACACCUUCUUCUUCCAGCCUCGUCCUCUCAAAAACCUUGUGCUGGUGGAUGAGCAGGAGAACCUGUCGCCUAUCAUGUCCUGUCAGAUUGCAGAUUUGGCCAAUGAAGACACACCUCAGCUGUACGUCGCCUGUGGACGAGGGCCGAGGUCAACUCUGAGAGUCCUUCGACACGGACUGGAGGUUUCAGAGAUGGCUGUGUCUGAACUGCCCGGUAAUCCCAAUGCUGUGUGGACGGUACGCAGACAUGUAGAAGAUGAAUUUGAUGCCUACAUCAUCGUGUCUUUCGUCAACGCUACUCUGGUUCUGUCCAUCGGGGAGACUGUAGAAGAAGUGACAGAUUCAGGGUUUCUGGGAACGACGCCCACUCUGUCCUGCUCACUGCUGGGGGAGGACGCCCUCGUGCAGGUUUACCCAGAUGGUAUCCGUCACAUCCGAGCAGACAAGCGUGUGAACGAGUGGAAGACUCCGGGUAAAAAAACUAUCGUCCGUUGUGCUGUGAACCAGCGGCAAGUAGUUAUCGCCCUCACUGGAGGGGAGCUGGUCUACUUUGAGAUGGACCCGUCCGGCCAGCUGAAUGAGUACACAGAGAGGAAGGAGAUGUCUGCAGAUGUGGUUUGCAUGAGUUUGGCCAACGUUCCACCCGGUGAGCAGCGUUCUCGUUUCCUGGCUGUUGGACUCGUUGACAACACUGUCCGCAUCAUCUCCCUGGACCCGUCGGACUGUCUGCAGCCGCUGAGUAUGCAGGCUUUACCAGCCCAGCCAGAGAGUCUGUGUAUCGUAGAGAUGGGAGGAGUCGAGAAACAAGAUGAAUUCGGAGAUAAAGGAACCAUGGGCUUCCUCUACCUCAACAUAGGACUUCAGAACGGUGUGCUGCUGAGGACGGUUUUGGACCCAGUGACCGGUGACCUGUCAGAUACCAGAACACGAUACCUGGGAUCACGACCGGUCAAACUGUUCAGAGUCAGGAUGCAGGGACAAGAAGCUGUGUUGGCCAUGUCCAGUCGCUCCUGGCUCAGCUACUCAUACCAGUCUCGCUUCCAUCUGACCCCCCUCUCAUAUGAGACUCUGGAAUACGCCUCCGGCUUCGCCUCUGAGCAAUGUCCCGAAGGCAUCGUGGCCAUCUCCACCAACACACUGAGAAUCUUGGCUUUAGAGAAACUCGGAGCCGUCUUCAACCAAGUGGCCUUCCCUCUGCAGUACACUCCCAGGAAGUUUGUAAUCCACCAGGAGACCAACAACCUCAUCUUGAUCGAGACCGACCACAACGCCUACACCGAGGCCACCAAAGCUCAGAGAAAGCAACAGAUGGCUGAGGAGAUGGUGGAGGCUGCUGGUGAGGAUGAGAGAGAACUGGCCGCUGAGAUGGCCGCCGCUUUCCUCAACGAGAAUCUCCCUGAAGCCAUUUUUGGUUCGCCUAAAGCCGGAGCCGGACAGUGGGCCUCACUGGUGCGACUGGUCAACCCCAUACAGGGUUCAACGCUGGACCAGGUGCAGCUGGAACAGAACGAAGCUGCCUUUAGUGUGGCAGUGUGUCGUUUUACCAACACAGGAGACGACUGGUAUGUUCUGGUCGGCGUUGCCAGAGACAUGAUUCUCAACCCGAGGUCAGUUGGCGGCGGCUUCAUCUACACCUACCGUCUCGUCGGUGGAGGGGAGAAGCUGGAGUUUGUGCACAAGACCCCAGUAGAGGAUGUGCCCUUGGCCAUUGCACCGUUCCAGGGACGAGUCCUGGUCGGAGUUGGGAAACUGCUGAGAAUCUACGACUUGGGCAAAAAGAAGCUGCUACGCAAGUGUGAGAACAAGCAUGUUCCCAACCUGGUGUCUGGCAUCUACACCAUCGGCCAGCGUGUGAUCGUGUCUGACGUCCAGGAGAGUCUGUUCUGGGUUCGAUACCGACGUAACGAGAACCAGCUCAUCAUCUUCGCCGAUGACACGUAUCCCCGCUGGGUGACGACGGCCUGUCUGCUCGACUACGACACCAUGGCCUCUGCUGACAAGUUUGGAAACAUCAGCAUCGUGCGUCUUCCUCCGAACACCAGCGAUGAUGUGGAUGAGGACCCCACAGGGAACAAAGCUUUAUGGGACCGAGGCCUGCUAAAUGGAGCAUCACAGAAGGCUGAGGUAAUCGUGAACUACCACGUAGGAGAGACGGUGUUAUCACUCCAGAAGACCACUCUGAUCCCUGGAGGCUCUGAGUCCCUGGUCUACACCACGCUGUCCGGAGGCAUCGGCAUUCUGGUCCCGUUCACUUCACAUGAGGAUCAUGACUUCUUCCAGCAUUUAGAGAUGCACAUGCGCUCUGAGUUUCCUCCACUUUGUGGCCGAGACCACCUCAGCUUUAGAUCCUACUACUUCCCAGUCAAGAAUGUGAUCGAUGGAGAUCUGUGCGAGCAGUUCAACAGCAUGGAUCCUCACAAACAGAAAAGUGUUGCAGAGGAGCUGGACAGAACGCCACCCGAAGUCUCCAAGAAACUGGAGGACAUUCGCACUCGCUACGCUUUCUAAACACACACACACACACACACACACCUUCACACAGCAACACUUUCAUUCUAGGAACACAUGUAAAACUGGGACACACAAUUUGUGCUGUGUAACUGUUUCUCCACGUUAAGUAUUCAAACCGACGGCUUCAUGCGGUUGACAGCGAGCAAACACACUGCAAUACAUGGAAACACAACAGAAGCCACACUGUCUGGUAAACUGUCCUACAUCGCUGAAACGAUGACGCAAAUUACAGUCACCUCUUCUCAACGCUGCAAUUACCUGCAAUGAGGAGUACGAGCGUUCACCCACGCAGCUCUAUUAGCAGAAACACGCCACAUUCGUGUUCACCAAAUGAAGCAGUUACUCAGAAGCCGGCGUCAGAGUUUAACACCUGUACUGUGCGGUUUGUCAGCAGAAACCACACAUGCACAAACACACGGUUACACGGAAACACCACCAGUCUCAGCUCUGUGAAAAUUACUACACAGUGUUGCAGCAGUUUGUUUUUCACACGUACGACCGUGUGAAAAGAAUUCAUGAGCAGGUUUUUGCUUUGUCAUCUGCACACAUACACAUACUGAACCGACAUCUUCUGCCUUUUUGAAUACAUUUUAUUUAAAUACUUUUAAGAGUAGUAGUUAUUGCCUGAUGUACACUGGAACGAGGAGAUGGAUUUCAUGCUCUGGACAGAUAUUUUGCAUCUGUAUUUAGAAAGAGGAAGUAUUUCAUUUUGUGUGUCUUCUGACUUUGAUCUCGACAAAAUUAAGUCUUUGUAUGGUGUGACUGUUUUAAUUUCUGUUAAUUAGAGCCAUCUCUUAUGCCACGGUCCCAGGUGGUAUUAUCAAAUCUUUCUCAGCCCCUAACCCUACCUGUGUUUUUGAGCUCAUGUUCCUUCCUUGCAGCCAAACAGAAGCUGACCUCUAAACCGAGUCCAAGCUCGGGCCUCGGUUCAAGAAGCGUUGCCACACUGUGGCAUUAGACAAACGGGUACACGCAGACUAAAUAAGUGGGUGGAAAAAUCCUGCAGGUUUGCACUGGGUGUUGUUCCUGUCAGUCCAGUAAAUUCCCAACCUCAGCCACAGACAUAGCAUUCCACGGUAGUCACUGAAUUUCGGGGUUUGUGGGACAGGGGCAGUGGUCUGUUUUUGUAAAUAAAGUUGUUUUUGUACUUUA